AUUACUCGCGGACUCGUGUGAAUAUAAGGGGAGCGAUACGCGUGGAGGGAGAGCAAGAUGGUCGCAUGCCAAGGGGUUAUCAGCCCUUCUUGAGCAUCAAGAGCCUUCUCUAUGGUUCUCCUCCUGCUUUCCUACGCUCUCAACACCGUAUCCUUCCUCUGCAGCUUUUAACCCAAUUUCCCACGCCGUGUCCGCGGAUCUUCGCUGCGCGUCGGCCAACAUGCCUGUGCGUCCUAUUUCUCCAGCGUCGUCUGCAACCACGCUAUAUCAGUCGGGCCUCACCAGAGCGGCAACCAGCCUUUUUCCAGAAUAUCGAAAUUUGACCGGCGCUAAUAGCAAUCAGCAAGCAUACAAACACAGUACGGAAGUAUCCUCAUAUCUACCCCUGCAGAUCCUGCUGUUUUUCAACGUAUGGCUCUUUCCGCUAUGGACGUUGGGGAUGAUUGCCAUUGCGAUAUGGAAGACGACACACACGGAGAUUGAAGGAAUGCAGAGGUUUCUGAUGGCAUUUGCCCUUGCAUUCUUUGUUGUGGUUGAGUGUCUACGGUUAUGGUUUGGCUAUAAGGGAAACCUGCUGGAAAGGGUUCCGGAACUUGCUGGCCACUUCCUCCUGACCUUAUUCCCACAAUGCUUGAUUGCAAUCUAUCUUGCUUUCGGACAACGUCUUGGUCAAGGCUCGACAAUGCCCAUUGAAACGGUGAUUAACAUGAUUUAUGUUGCUUUCCUUGUGCCGGAAGCGCUCUGCGCAUACAUUGCAGCUCGGAACAUCAUUAGGGCACAGUCUGCGAGAUUCUUCCUGAAUGCACCGACACAAAUGGAAUCGAGACAAACGCUUGAGAGGUAUCCCACGGAUCGCCACGAUCUCAGGUAAUAGAUAGGAGCCCCACGCAGAAUGCCCUCUUCUGGUUGUAUUGCGCAUAUUGGGAUAAA